AUGGCCACGAAACGGGUAGUUGUUGCUGGCGGAAACGGCUUCUUGGGAUCGAGAAUAUGCAAGUCAGCUGUCGCUAGAGGCUGGUCGGUUACAUCGCUAAGUCGCUCCGGAGAACCACGAUGGGAUACCGUUACGAAAUCCACGAGUCGUCCGAGCUGGGCAAGCUCCGUCGAGUGGGCGAAAGCCGACAUCCUGAAGCCGGAAACCUACAAGCCGUUUCUCAGCGGUGCUACGGCCGUCGUUCACAGCAUGGGAAUCCUCCUGGAGGCGGACUACAAGGGCGUGGUGCAAGGGAGGGAGCCGAUUCUCAGCGGGUUGCAAAAGGCUUUCAGCGCCUCGAGACCGGGCAGUCAAGAUCCGCUGCGAAGGCGCGAGGGCGAACCGCUGGAAGCGAAGGAGCGCAAUGGGCAGUUUACGUAUGAGCUCAUGAAUCGGGAUUCUGCGAUUGCGUUGGCACAGGAGACUUUGAACGAGCAUGUCCCCACUUUCCUUUACAUCUCCGCUGCGUCGGGGGCGCCGGUCCUUCCGAGUCGAUAUAUUACGACGAAGAGAGAGGCGGAAGAGAUCAUAGCGGCGAAGUUGCCGGAGUUGCGGAGUGUCUUCUUGCGCGCUCCGUUUAUGUACGAUGAAAGCAGGAAGUUUACCCUGCCGAUAGCUCUCGGUGGCUUUGUUGGGUCCCAGGUCAAUGCGCUCCUGGGUAACAGGCUUGAUUUCCUGGGAUCUAUGGUUACGAAGCCUUUCCAGGUGGAUGAUGUGGGCGAGGCUGUUGUGGAAGCCCUGGAUGAUGAAUCCAUCCGGGGUACGGUGGGAGUGAAGCAAAUUGAGGCUCUGGCUACGAAGGCUUGGAGAAAGACCAUGCUCUGA